ACCGUCAGGAGGCGACAAUGGUGGGCACUGCUUUCAGCGCUCUGCUCUCAGCUCCUGCCUCCUCAUCCUUCCGCCUGACGGCUCCUCGUUCUUCCUUAGCAGCCUCGUGCGCGCUCUCUCGUCCUCACUCUCCCUCUAUCCUUCUUCCUGCAUCCCCAAGCUUCGUGCAACAGGGAGCAUCGAGACACAGAGCAGCUGGCGAUGCUGUUGCGUUUGCACUUCAAGACCUGGCGAAAGGAAAAGAAGAUCAUGAGGCGUUUAUAGCCUCACUGAGCUGUACAGGAAAGGUCACAGAAACGUUGUUCGCUCCUGUGGAGGAGAAGCUCUAUGAGUUCAGGCUCCGCUCGAAGCUCUCUAGGAGGGAAGAAGAGCAGAGCCUUCAAGCCACUUUGCAGCCCUUGAUAGUGAGAGCGCUGAUUCUUCUCACGAUACUGCAAGUCGCUUCACAGCUUGUCCUCCUACAAGCUAAGAACGUGAUCAUUACUGACACCAAAGUAUUGCAAGCGUUUCCUGUGCGAGUCAUUCAAGCAGUGCUGGGCAUCAGGAGCAAAAGGCUUCGAAAGUUCAAGACAGGCUGUGUUGAAACUUUCUGGUGCUGAAUUUCAGCAUCUUGGAGUCUGAGAAGACUCAUGGCGGCUGAAGAAGUUGCAACGAAAUGCGGAUUUAUCGCGAAGUGAGGAGUGAAGCUCUGCUGGGCAGCUGAGAGCAAUAGAGGUAAAUGGUCGGCUGAAAUGUUGAUAAUCUUGCCAGAAAACUAGCUGAACUACUGAUAGAGCAUUUGAUGAAUGAA